GUUUUUGCGAGGUUUUCAGGUGGCGCGAAAGGAGAUACGCAGAGUACACACGUGUGUCUGUCUGUCUGUGUGCGUCUGUCUGUGUGUGUGUGUGUCAAUUCGCAACCUUCUGUUUUCUUCAAACAUAUUUCGCUCAUUGUAGCUGCCCACCUCCACGCACACAUCGACAUACAGUAUUCUGCUUUUAAUCGUCAAAUCCGCGUUCCGUACAACAUUUCAAGGCCUUCUUUUGCCGUCUCCCUCGUUCUUUGUUUGCGAGUGCAGUGGGAGUCUUAUCGAAAAACAAACAAGCUAACAGCAAAAAAAAACAGUAAAAGAAUGCUUCGUAGUUCACUCCCAGCGCUGCGGGCGGUCGCACUGACCGCGCCGCACUUCUCCUCGGUUAUCACAACGGAGCAGUGCCGCGUCACAUCCUCUGUUGCUCUUCGCGUCCAUCGCAGCUCCUGCAGCGUCGCUCCGCUGUGGAUGAGUGCUCGCUUCUACGCCGCCGUCACGGCGUGCCUCCACGCGCCGAAGCCGCAUGACGUCGUCGGCGAGGCGGAGAAGAAGGCGGCGGAGCCACACGACGAGGCGGCCUUCGACUUCCACUUCGACCCCAUGGCCGGUGUGCGCCACGACGCGGCGGUGGAAACAGCGAAGAAGCACGUCGACCACGUCAUCGAGGAGCUCGCCCCGCCCAACGCCCCGCUUGAGGUACUGGCGAAGAUACGCACCUACCUUGUGCAGCACCCCGUCGACUCCCUGAUCUUGCUUGGGGAGGUGCAAAUCACCCACAUUGAGAACCCCGACACGGGUAUCGAGGACCGCGUGCACCUUAGUCCGAUGAAGACGAAGGACGCCCUCGAGCAGGCGCAGCUUCGAAAGAUGAACCUCGUGCAGAUGGGGGCACGCGGCAACGAGCUGGCCUACUGCCGCAUCCGCCGUGAGCGACCGUGGAUUCUGAAGCUGGUGCAGGCGGAGAUGGUGCAGGCGGCGGGCGCGAUGGGCGAUCCGGCAUCCAUCACCGCGCCGUCCACCGCCACUCCACUCGCUGAGGGCGAGACGCCCACACCGGCAUCGUCGCAGCAGCAGCAACAGCAGUCGCAGUACUUGGGGAAGACAAAGGCGCUGAUUGAUCACCAGUUCCGCGACGCGGUCGACACGCACUUCAUCAGCUGGCGCAGCAAGAAGGUUGUGCAGGACAUCCGCAAAGGUCACGUGGUGAAGCUUACGAUCAAAGACUUCCAGAGCCCCGAGGGGGCCAUUCACAAGCUGCGCGAGAUGAGCAACGCGAUGAAGACGUACGCCGAGACGGAGCACGUGUUCCACCACUUCACGAACAUCGUGGCCAACGACCACGAGGCGAGUGUGACCUUUUCACCGCCGACGGCGAAUAAGUCCGGCACCAUCGCGAAGAGUGUGCGGCACCCAACGGAGAAGGAUUGGGCGAGUGCGCUGACAAGGAUGGAGGACGCGUGUCGGAAGGCGGGACGUAUUGGAACGUACAUGAAAUCUGGCAGGCUGAAGAUGCGCAACAUAGGUGCCUCCACGUACCGCGUAGACAAGUACGGGCGUCGGGUGAGUUGA